AUGUUUCUACAGUUUCUUGUGUUAAACUCGCACGUGCAUGUUUCCUCAUGUAGCUCUUUCUUGUUCCAGAAUAAAGGGCCAGAGACUGAAGAAGUUUCUCAUGAGAAAGUGAAUUUCACAGAAGAGCUUUUAAGCAGUACAUCUUUUGCACGGAAAUUAGCAGAUCAGAUGACUCUAGCAAAGGCCUAUGUUAUCCUUGCGAAAGAGCAUGGCAACCUUCAGCUUGCAUGGGAGCUUAGUUCCCAAAUAAGGAAUCGUCAACGAUUGCUGUCUGAAGGGGCUGUUAGUGGGAGAGCCACCACUCAGGAAGAAGCCCAUCCUAUAAUAACCCGGCUAGCACGGUUAAUAUACAAAUCACAGGACUCUCAUUAUGAUAUCAGUACAACAAUAGUGACACUGAAGAGCCAUGCCCUUGCACUAGAGGAGCGUGCAAAGGCAGCAGUUGUUCAGACUGCCGAGUUUGGUCAGAUAGCUGCAGAAUCUCUCCCCAAGAAUCUGCAUUGUUUAACGGUGAAGCUGACAGAAGAGUGGCUUCAGAACCCAGAACUGAGGAGUCGUUCAGAGGAGCAUAGGAAUUCCACACGGUUGGUAGAUAAUAAUCUGUAUCACUUCAGUAUAUUCUCGGAUAAUGUGCUCGCCACUUCAGUUGUUGUCAAUUCUACAGUUUCAAAUGCGAACCACCCUCAGCAACUUGUGUUUCAUGUAGUCACGGACAGGAUAAAUUUUGGUGCUAUGUCAACCUGGCUCCUGGUAAAUGACUUCAAAGGGUGUACUGUUGAAGUCCGCUGCAUAGAUGAGUUCUCAUGGUUGAAUGCUGCUUCUUCCCCUCUGGCCAGGCGAGAGAUGGAAACCAGGGGUUACUACAACUCUGGUGGCUCGAAAACUCCAGAAAGAGAAAUAAAGUUCCACAAUCCAAAGUUUGCUUCUCUGCUGAACCAUUUGCGGUUCUACAUUCCUCAAAUACUACCCAACCUGGAGAAGGUGGUUUUUCUUGAUGACGAUGUUGUGGUGCAGAAGGACUUGACACAGCUUUUUUCCAUAGAAUUGCAUGACAAUGUUAUUGGAGCAGUGGAGACUUGUUUAGAGUCAAUUCAUCGGUAUCACAAGUAUCUUAAUUUCUCGCAACCAAUCAUCAGCUCAAAAAUUGAUCCACGUACUUGUGGAUGGGCCUUUGGAAUGAAUAUAUUUGACCUGAUAGCUUGGAGGAAAGCAAAUGCAACAGCACUUUACCAUUAUUGGCAGGAGCAAAAUGCUGAUCAAUUGCUCUGGAGGACGGGGACACUUCCUGCAGGCCUUUUGACAUUUUAUGGCCUGAUGGAGCCCCUAGACUGGAGGUGGCACGUAUUGGGGCUAGGGUAUGAUGUAGACAUAGAUGAUCGGUUGAUCGAGAGCGCUGUCGUGCAUUAUAAUGGGAACAUGAAGCCUUGGCUGAAGUUAGCCAUUCGCCGGUACAGGUCAAUAUGGGAGCGGUAUGUCAAUUCUUCGCACCCAUAUGUCAGAGAGUGUAUGUUUCAUUAGGAAUCUGCAAUCUCUGUUUACCAUCAAUGGCCUUGCACGGCACUGAAGCUAGAAGCUUCAGUUUGUCUAUUGGGUUGCUUUUGAGCACCCUAGUUAAGAAAUCUUCCGGAGAGGUAGAUUAUAUAUACUCAAGAGACAGCAUCAGAGAAGCCAACUGUUAAGUUUUUUUUUUUGGGUGGGAGGAAGAUUCAUUUUGAGAUGAAAAUAAUUCGGUUGCAGAUUCUUACAUACAAUUCGGACUGGCAAUUUUAGCAGUCUAACCAGACUAUCUGGAUACAUAUUGUAAAAGAUACACAGUUGUUGGAACAAUGGGUCAUUUUUUGAGAUGUUAGGAGAUGCCGAUUGCCAAUUCAGCUGUGCAGAGUUUACUGGUGUUACAUUCUUUUCACGAUAUUGUAUUCUAUACUGUUGAAGAAUGUCCUCCUUUUCUCUUUGUAUAAACAGUUAUGUAUUCUUCACAGUAUAAAAAACUCAAGAUUAAUCGGAGGU